CGUUCCUGUGUGAUCACGUGUGUUACUAUUGAAUGUUAAAUCGACUGCACUGUUGGAAAUUUUUUGAGAUUUCAAGGAAGCUAUUAUAGUGAAAAGCACGAUUUCCUGAAAUUUCAGUGGAACUUAAACACGAUCAAAAUUCCCAGAAUUUGGCACGGAAAAUUCAGAAGAAAAUUUUUAACAGUGCGACGCAAGUGAAUCGCUCAUCGAACACUUCACAUCAACAAUGAUAUUCCAACGGCAUUAAUAAAGCUUCAGAAUUGCAAUGAUCCAUUGAUAAUUGGCUGACGCAUACCUGGUCAGCCCUGAGUGCAUGACCACUCGCUACCAAUAAAAUCAUCAUCUCAAUUAAUUCGCUGAUGAUUCCAAGCGUUGUGACUCGAGUGAAGGGUAUCUGGACGCAUUGAGAGACUGUGGUAGGGACCAAGGCCUCCCCAGUUUGCUGGUGAAACCGUGAGAUGGCUAACAACAACUAAUGGAGCUGAAAUGGACAGAACAGAGGCGGCACCGCUGACCAGUGAAAGGAGAUAUGGAAUUUUUAGAACAGGACUGGCCGCUGCCCUAGUCCUAAUUAUCGUAGUCGCUGCUGCUGGUAUUGCAUUGCUAUUUGGAAUAAGAAAUGCGACAAUUUUACUGGGAAUUCUGUUGCCACUUAUGGUACUGAGCGCUGUAAUUGCGCACCUGUGGCUCUGGUUGCUGCACAAACGCGCCGCCAAGAGACGAGAGAGAGCUGCGAAUGAGUGGGUGUCUGCUACACUAGCACGACAGAGCCAGGGACACGUGUCCUCGAGCCCGGGGAGCGGAAAUCCUGAUGCUUGGUUCAAGGGAUUCUCUCAGCGAUCUUCGGGAUACACACCGCCCCCCGGAUAUCACAUGGUCGAGUCGAGUAAUUAAAUUCGUGGGAUGUUAUCUUAGGGGCUCUGGAGCGAAAGGACUCAAUUGUUAAUUUAGUUGGGAAAUUUAAUAAAUAUUUAU